AUGGUGUGUAAAUACGCGUGUGUAUAUGUGCUUGAUUGUCAGAAUCGUAUAUCUGGUUUAUAUACCAGUUGUGCACCGUCUCCACGUACUGUUGCUCGUUCAUCGAAACGAAUUGGUCGAAGUUCCCACUAUAGACCAUUUGAAAAUGAUGCUAACAAUGGAGGUGGCAGUGAUGGGUCUUCUGAUACUGGAUUGUUUUAUAAACCACGUAGAAGUCAACCAAUUGUACAUCCGCCUAGCGAAGUCCCAUUUUGUGAAAAUUGUCGUGCACUUGAUGAAGAAAUGUCUAGAGAGCAUAAUAAUUCACAGACAGGCUCACCAGUGCAUAAUAUCACGGAUGAUUUAUUAACUCAUGAUGAUGAUGAAGAAUCAAGAUCAUGGGUUAUGAAAAUGCCACCUGGUCCAUGGUGGUGUGAAGAUUGUCAAGAGUCAGUGACAUCAACCAAUUUGACUAUAUCACAAUUAUUCGCUAUAUUAAGACAAUGGACGCCAUAUGCACAAUUACAGUUGAUUACUAUUGUUGAAGAGAUAUUUAGACGUGGUGCACAUGUUGAUGAUCGUGAUGGUUUAACUGAUAUGACCUUAUUGCAUUUUGCUGCAAAAUCUGGUGCUUUAGGAGAUGAACAAGCAGCUUGUCGCAUUGCUAAUUAUCUGUUAGAUGAAGGUGCUGAUCUAGAGGCGAGAUGUAAACUGACCGAUAUGACACCACUACACUAUGCAGCCUACUUUGAUUGUCCAUUGAUAGCGGAUUUAUUGAUUCUUCGUGGAGCGUGUAUUAAUGCUAGAUCUUUUCUAAUUGAUAAUGCUACUCCAUUACAUUUAGCUGCUAGUCAAUUAUCUCUAGGCACUGCUAGGAUAUUAAUACAAGCAGCUGAUUUCUCUGUAACAAAAACUGGUCAGCGGUAUGAUGCUAAAGAUGCAAAAGACGGUCUUGGACGUACACCAUAUGAGUGUUUGCCUCCUUCUGGUCAACUUCCAGAACCUUUGUGUACACUACGUGAUUUAUUAUCUGAAUUGCUUCGUCCAACUACACCCCAUCAAUCUGAGAGUAUAGAUAUUGAAAAGACUAUACUUAAAGCGACAUCAAGUGAUCCGUCGGAUUAUCGAAGUGAUAAAACCACUAACCAUAUAGAUUAUCCUGUAGGUGAAGUCAAAUAUACUGAUGGUUAUGCUAACAAUCGUCCAACUGAAUUACGGCAACAGCAGCAGCAGCAACAACAACAACCGCAGUCUGCAUGCAAUGGAGUUGAUUGGUUAGUUGCUGAAUCUGGUUACCUGUCACCUCGUACUACAAAAGUUCAAUCAGUUCCACAAACACCAGACAACAAUAAUAAAACUAAACGACCUACAACACUUCAGUCAAACAGUAACAAUGCUCGCCCGUCAAGCGCUAGUAGUAGUAAAUGUUCAAUAUCUGCUAAAGUGACCCUACAGUCAUUAGGUUUAUCAUUGGGUGAUCGUGUUUGUAUUGCACCAGCGUCUGGAUCGAACAGUAGUAGUAGUAAGGCUCAUCCAACAACACCUACAGGUAUAUCAGGUCGAAUCGGUAAACUACGCUUUUGUGGAUCAGUUUCAUUCGCUUCUGGUGUAUGGGUUGGUGUAGAAUUGGAUGAACCAGUGGGUAGAAACAAUGGAAGUGUAGCAGGUGUUCAAUAUUUCACAUGUCCCAAUCAACAUGGUAUAUUUGCUCCAAUCGGUCGGGUAUACAAAACUGUCAAUGUAAAUGGUAAAACAAAUUGGCAUCCUAUCGCUACUUCUACUGCUACUACGACUACUGCUUCUAGCAGUGGUUCUACUACUUCUAAUAGUGGUGUUGUCAAACGUUCUAGUAUAUCAAGUACACCAAAUACUCUAAGGAAAUUGAAUAACUUAAAUGAAGAGGCUGAUGAAGAGGAGGCGGCCCGUACACCAGUGAAGCGUUUACCCGCAUCAAGAUCAAGUUAUUCAAUUAGUUCAACUACAGCAUCCUUACAGCAUCAUCAGCGUCCGUCAACUGCCAGUGAGCAUCAACAUCAGCGUACGCCUACACCGACUGGAAUGCAAUCACCUAUGAAUUUAUCACAUGUUACUGCGAAAAUUGAUACUGGAUUACGAAUUCGUUCACCGGAUAUCAGCCAACGUAGUCAACAACAACAACUUCUACAGCUUGGUGAUCGUGUCCUAGUUGCUGGUCAACGUAGAGGUAUCCUACGAUUUAUCGGUGAAACACAAUUUGCUCCUGGUGUCUGGUAUGGUGUUGAAUUAGAACAACCAGUUGGUAAAAAUAAUGGAUCGAUAAAUGGUGUACGCUAUUUCGAUUGUGCUGUUGGUCAUGGAAUAUUUGCACCGAUCAAUCGAAUACAAAAGCUGCCUUCACGAUCGAAUACACCAAAUCCACACUGUCCUGGCAUGGCUAAUAGACGUGAUACUUCUUUAAUGUCAACGUCUUAUCAUUCUGAAAUAGCUGAUGGUGGUAGUGGUGGUGGUGGUUAUUCAGCGGCUAGAUCAUUUUCACGUACACCUUGGUCGAGUACAACGUCACCGAUGAUUGGUCGUGCUGUAAUUGGUCGACCACCGUUACCAACAGAAUUGAUGAAUGCGUUAAAGGCGGUUGGUCGUAUGCCUACAACAGAGUCGACUGCUGAUGAACCAGUUUUCUAUUUAUCUGAAGGAAUGCAAGUUUGGUGUGCUGGAGAAAUAGGUAUUGUUCGUUACAUCGGUCCUAUAACUUUUGCCGAUGGAAUUUGGCUUGGUAUUGAACUGCGUAAACCCCGUGGACGUCAUGAUGGUUGUGUUGCUGGCAAGCGUUAUUUCACCUGUCGUCCUGGGCAUGGUCUACUCGUCCGACCAGCUCGUGUAUUUUGUCAUGGAAUAAAUGCUGUGAAUCUGCUGCCACCGGCAUUAGCUGAAUUAGAACGCCAGUUAGCAGCUAAACGUCAAGAGGCGAACAGUAGCAGUAGCGAUAAUAAAGUUUCAUCGACACCUUCAAUCAGCUCUGAAAACAAACAAACAAACAAAAAUUGA